UCUCAAUUUGUCUCCAUCGCCAUCUUUUGUUUGUGGUGCUUAGAAAGAAAGAGUGUGUGAUGGGAAAACUAAGGGAGGUAGAGCUACUAUUGAACCAGACGCAGAAGGUCAGAUUUGAGAGAGCUAUGGAGCGGCUACAAUCUCGGACAAACAAUUCUGUCAUCGUUGCCGACUCCAUCCCCUUCAACCACGACGAAGCCUUCCUUAAGGGACACGGAACUUCCUUGGUCGACGGUGAGUCGCUGACGACGGUCUGUGGAGUUGUGAAUCACGUGGACAAGCUCGUCUAUGUACGCACCUUGCGAGCCAGGUACAAGGCCGAGGUUGGGGAUAUUGUGGUAGGCCGUGUUAUUGAGGUUGCUCAAAGCCGUUGGAGAGUGGAGCUUAACUCUACUCAAGAUGGACUACUGACUUCCAUGAACAUGCCUGAUGCUGUUCAGAAGCGAAACACAUCUGUGGAUGAACUCAAUAUGCGGAAUAUUUUGGUAGAAGAUGAUGUAGUUUGUGCCCAAGUAGGUGAAUCUCAGCGUGAUGGCAGCCUCCAGCUGCUACUCGCUAGAAGUCACAAGUAUGGGAAGCUCCACAAGGGACAGCUUCUCAAGGUUGAUCCUUACUUGGUUAGGAGAAGCAACCUUCACUUUCAUUUCAUUGAAAGUCUUGGGAUCGAUUUGAUUCUCGGCCGUAAUGGCUUCAUUUGGGUCGGGGAACACGCCCAAUCCAAUGAUCCUAUGGUUGUGGAUAACGAGAUCAUCUCAUCAAAGACUCGACAAAGCAUUCUCAGAAUCGGUAAUGCGAUACGGGUCUUGUCUACUCUAGGCUUCACUCUCACUCCAGCAGUGAUCAUGGAAACUUUUAACUUGAGCCACACGGAGAAUGUCCAAAUACAUGACAUGCUUGGAUCAGAGUUCCACGUUCUGGUCACAGAGAGGGAAGCUGAAAGAAGAACACGUGCAUAGUAAGAAAACGUGAAAGCCCUCAUCUAAGAAAGCAUGCACAAAGGGUAUGCAUCGCUUUCAUAAAUAUAGUAUCAAUACAUUUUUCAUUGCCUUGUACCACAAUUUUCCGGUUCUCAAUAUUCCACUGGGUGUGUAUUUGGU